AUGAGCAGCCGCCCCCUGAAGGAGAUGUCUGACACCCACAGCAGCCCUCUCCUGCCAGAGCCUCUUUCCAGCAGAUUCAAACUCUACGAGGCAGAAUUUACCAACCCUAGCUGGCCUUCAAGCUCCCAAGACACACACCCAGCCCUGCCCCUCCUGGAAAUGCCUGAAGAAAAGGAUCUCCGGUCAUCCAACAAAGAUAGCCACAUUGUGAAAAUUGAAAAACCCAACGAAAGAUGUAAAAGGAGAGAAAGUGGGAUGGCCCAUCGGGGCCCUGCAGACCGGAGGGGCCCCAGCUUCUUCCAAGCAGCAGGCUACCUCACAGGCGAGAUGAAGGAGUACAGAAGUUGGCUGGAAGAUAAGCCCCUGGCCCUCCAGUUCACAGACUGGGUCCUGAGGGGGACUGCUCAGGUGAUGUUGGUCAACAACCCUCUCAGUGGGCUCAUCAUCUUCAUCGGGCUCCUGAUCCAGAAUCCCUGGUGGACAAUUGCUGGGGUUCUGGGGACAGUGGUCUCAACCUUAACUGCCCUUGUCUUGAGCCAGGACAGGUCUGCCAUCGCCUCAGGACUCCACGGGUACAACGGGAUGCUGGUGGGACUGCUGGUGGCUGUCUUCUCUGAUAAGUUAGACUAUUACUGGUGGCUUCUGUUUCCUGUGAUCUUCACAGCCAUGGCCUGUCCACUUCUUUCUAGUGCCUUGAAUUCCGUCUUCAGCAAGUGGGACCUGCCAGUCUUCACACUGCCCUUCAACAUCGUACUGACCACGUACCUAGCAGCCACAGGCCACUACAACCUCUUCUUCCCCAUGACGCUGGUGGAGCCUGUGUCUUCAGUGCCCAAUAUCACUUGGACAGAGAUCAAAAUGCCCUUGUUGUUACAAGCCAUCCCUGUUGGGGUUGGCCAGGUGUACGGCUGCGACAAUCCCUGGACAGGCGGCAUGGUCCUGGUGGCUCUGUUCAUCUCCUCGCCACUCAUCUGCCUGCAUGCAGCCAUUGGCUCAAUCGUGGGGAUUCUGGCAGCCCUGACAUUGGCCACACCCUUUGAGACGAUCUACAUGGGCCUCUGGAGCUACAACUGCGUCCUCUCCUGCAUCGCCAUCGGAGGCAUGUUCUACGCCCUCACCUGGCAGACUCACCUACUGGCCCUCAUGUGCGCCCUGUUCUGUGCAUACAUGGGAGCAGGCCUCUCCAACAUACUGGCAGUGGUUGGCGUGCCACCAGGCACCUGGUCCUUCUGCCUUUCUACCCUCAUCUUCCUGCUCCUGACAACCAACAACCCCACCAUCUACAAGCUCCCACUCAGCCAAGUCACCUACCCAGAGGCCAACCGCAUCUACUACCUGACAGUGAAAAGCAGUGAAGAAAAGUCCCCCAGUGGGGGCGGUGGCGGUGAGGAGCAGCCACCUGCAGAGAGCCCAAAGGCCAAGGAAGGCUCGGAGGCUGUGCUCCCCAAGCACAGGAAUGUGUUCCACAUCGAGUGGUCAUCCUUCCGGAGGAGGAGCAAAGUGUUUGGAAAAGGCGAAUAUCAGGAGAGACAAACCAAGGAUCCAUUUCCCUAUCGAUACCAGAAGCCAGCGGUUGAGCUGCUGGAUCUGGACACCAUGCAGGAGAGCUCUGAGAUAAAGGUGGAACCAAACACCUCCAGGACAGCCCGGAUUCAGAGUUCCAUGGUUGCUGCUGGGAAAAGCCUCAGCAAAGCCCUCAGCUACAUCACAGGAGAGAUGAAGGAGUGUGGAGAGGGGCUUAAAGACAAAUCCCCAGUGUUCCAGUUCCUCGACUGGGUCUUCCGGGGCAUGUCUCAGGUGAUGUUUGUGAACAACCCCCUCAGUGGUAUCCUCAUCAUCCUCGGCCUCUUCAUCCAGAACCCCUGGUGGGCCAUCUCGGGCUGCCUGGGCACCAUGGUGUCCACCUUGACAGCUCUCAUCCUCAGCCAGGACAGGUCAGCCAUCGCGGCGGGACUUCACGGCUACAACGGGGUGCUGGUGGGGCUGCUGAUGGCCGUGUUCUCAGACAAAGGUGACUAUUACUGGUGGCUUCUGCUCCCCAUCAUCGUUAUGUGCAUGUCUUGCCCCAUCCUCUCCAGUGCCCUGGGGACUGUCUUCAGCAAGUGGGACCUCCCAGUCUUUACACUGCCCUUCAACAUCGCUGUGACCCUGUACCUAGCGGCCACAGGCCACUACAAUCUCUUCUUCCCCACGACACUGCUGCAGCCUGCAUCCUCCGUGCCCAACAUCACCUGGUCAGAGGUCCAAGUGCCCUUGCUUUUGAGAGCCAUCCCUGUUGGAAUUGGCCAAGUGUAUGGCUGUGACAAUCCUUGGACUGGAGGAAUUUUCCUUGUAGCUCUGUUCGUUUCUUCACCUCUUGUCUGCUUGCAUGCAGCAAUUGGAUCCACCAUGGGGAUGUUAGCAGCACUCACUCUCGCAACGCCCUUUGACUCCAUCUACUUCGGCCUGUGUGGCUUCAACAGCACCCUCGCGUGCAUAGCCGUGGGAGGCAUGUUCUACGUCAUCACCUGGCAGACGCACCUCCUCGCCAUCGCCUGCGCACUGUUUGCGGCCUACCUGGGUGCUGCUCUGGCUAACAUGUUAUCUGUGUUUGGAUUACCACCCUGCACCUGGCCCUUCUGCCUCUCAGCGCUCACCUUCCUGCUCCUGACGACCAACAACCCUUCCAUCUACAAACUGCCACUGAGCAAAGUCACCUACCCAGAGGCCAAUCGCAUUUACUACCUGUCCCAGGAGAGAAACAGAAGGGCAUCGACCAUAACAAAGUACCAGGCCUACGAUGUCUCCUAA